AUGGAUUUAGAUAUUCAUUUCUUGUUAUUAUUGCUUCUCUUUUCGAUGGCAAAUGAAUAUAAAAUGAAUCCAAAAAUUUUCCUGCGCUUCCUGAUGUUCGGAAAUUACUAUUGCAAAAAAUCGCUGGAACAGAAAUUUAGGAAAUUUGGCUCAUUUAAUACUGCCAAAUUUCCGGUUGUGUAUUUCUCGGGAAUUCAACCAACUGGUGUCUUGCAUCUUGGUAAUUAUUUUGGUCUAGUCGAACCUUGGAUUAAUAUACAAAAUAGUCAGCCUCCAGCUAAUGAGCUCUUUUUGUCAAUUGUUGAUUACCAUGCAGUUUCCACUGGUUUUUUGCCCCGAGAAAAAUUACGAUCCAAUAUAAUGAAAAUGGCAGCUGCACUUAUUGCAUGUGGUGUGGAUCCGGAACGUUCAAUUUUAUUUCAACAAAGUGCAGUUUCUGAACAUACUAAUUUAAUGUUUAUCUUUGGUUCAAUCGCAACGGUUGCAAGGUUGCAGAAAUUAUCACAAUAUAAAGAUAAAUCCAGAAAGUUUAAAAUGGGGGAUGUUCCAACUGGUCUGCAGAUUUAUCCACUGUUACAGGCUGCAGAUAUAUUGUUAUAUAAAGCAACAGAUGUACCUGUUGGACAAGAUCAAAUACAACAUUUAGAACUCACUAGAGAUAUCGCGAAAAAUUUUAAUGCAGCCGUUCAAACCAAUUUUUUCCCUAUACCUAACCAAGUGGUACCAGAUUUCCCUCGAAUCAGAAGCCUUCGAGAUCCGACGAAAAAAAUGAGCAAAUCAGAUUUCGAUACUCGAUCACGUCUUGAUAUCAGUGACUCGUCUAAAAUCAUCUUGGAGCGUUGUCAAAAAGCCUUAUCUGACAUGCAGUCAAACAUAACUUAUGAUCCUGAGAAUCGACCUGCAAUUAGUUCAUUGAUUAACUUAUAUUCAGCUCUUACUAAACAAUCGCAACAGGAUAUAAUUAAUGAAUGUAGUGAAUUGGAUACAAAAGGAUUCAAGGAAAAAUUAGCAAAGGCUAUUGAUCAUCAUUUUGCUCCUAUUCGUGAAAAAUAUGAAGCACUAAUGUCACACGAUAGUGAUCAUCUUUGUGAAAUUCUCGAAUAUGGUCGACAAAGGGCGCAAAAAGUUGCAUUGCAAAAUAUGGCUGAGCUUAAAGAUCUUUUAGGGUUGCGAUUAUAA